UCUAUUUCCCUUUCCCACCCCCACCCCCCUCGCGCGUCACGGCAGUGCGGUUAACGUGUGUCCUUCCCGUGCUGCCCCGGGGUGGGAGGAGGGGAGGAGCGAGCCAUCGCCGGCCGAGAAGAGCCCCGGUGAGUUCCUUCUCUGUGCCCACCCCCCCCCCGGCCGCGCCACAGUAGCGCCGGGAGUCGACACAGGAACCGCGCCGCUGCCGUUGUGGGGGAGGAGCGAGCCAUCGACCGUUGGCCCGGAAGACCGGACGGGUGCGCGCUGUGGGGCAGCUCCGCUCGCCCACGUCAAAAAAACCCAAACAACAACAACCCUACCCCCCCCCCCCCCACCUUAAUUCCAGGUCAUCCGUGGCGACCAGGCGAGUGGUAGAGGCAGCUUGCAGGCAAGGUGAAGAUUGUUCCCAAAGAUUUCUUUAACUAACCUGUGAAAUCCUGCCUGACCUCCAAACUGGCGAUGUCAAGGGUACCGAGUCCUCCUCCUCCGGCAGAGAUGUCAAGUGGGCCUGUUGCAGAGAGCUGGUGUUACACUCAGAUUAAAGUGGUAAAAUUCUCCUACAUGUGGACCAUCAACAACUUCAGCUUUUGCCGGGAGGAAAUGGGUGAGGUCAUCAAAAGUUCAACCUUUUCAUCAGGAGCUAAUGAUAAAUUGAAAUGGUGUUUGCGUGUGAACCCAAAGGGCUUGGAUGAGGAGAGUAAAGAUUACCUUUCACUCUACCUGUUACUGGUCAGCUGUCCAAAGAGUGAGGUCCGAGCCAAAUUCAAGUUCUCCAUCCUGAAUGCAAAAGGAGAAGAAACGAAAGCAAUGGAGAGCCAGCGAGCUUAUCGGUUUGUGCAAGGCAAAGACUGGGGAUUCAAGAAGUUUAUUAGAAGAGAUUUUCUCUUGGAUGAGGCCAACGGACUCCUUCCAGAUGACAAGCUCACUCUCUUCUGUGAGGUGAGUGUAGUACAGGACUCUGUCAAUAUCUCCGGCCAGAACUCCAUGAACAUGGUGAAGGUACCUGAAUGCCGCUUGGCUGAUGAGUUGGGAGGCCUCUGGGAAAACUCUCGCUUCACGGACUGCUGCCUGUGUGUGGCAGGCCAGGAGUUCCAGGCUCACAAAGCCAUAUUAGCAGCACGUUCUCCAGUUUUCAGCGCUAUGUUUGAACACGAAAUGGAGGAGAGUAAAAAGAAUCGAGUUGAAAUCAAUGACGUGGAACCUGACGUUUUUAAAGAAAUGAUGUGCUUCAUUUACACGGGGAAGGCGCCUAACCUUGACAAAAUGGCUGAUGAUUUGCUUGCAGCUGCUGACAAGUAUGCUCUAGAACGUUUGAAGGUGAUGUGCGAGGACGCUUUGUGUAGCAACCUGUCUGUGGAAAAUGCAGCAGAGAUCUUAAUCUUGGCUGAUCUACACAGUGCGGACCAGCUAAAAACUCAGGCAGUUGAUUUCAUAAACUACCAUGCUUCUGACGUCAUGGAGACCUCAGGCUGGAAGUCGAUGGUAGUGUCUCACCCUCAUUUGGUGGCGGAGGCGUAUCGUUCAUUGGCAUCCGCACAGUGCCCCUUUCUGGGACCCCCACGCAAGCGGCUGAAGCAAUCCUAAAGCUGGACCCCAUUGCACAACCCUGUGUGUGUGUGUUUGUGUUUUUUUUUUAAAUGGAAGUAGCGACAGGAGCAGUUGCUUCUCCAACCUUGACCACCAGGUAGACGAUGCAACCUGUGGAGCUUUUUACUCUGUUGUGGGGGGUGGGGGGGAAAGACUGCUUUGGGACGUGCAGACUCUGAAAACAAAAAUGAGACAAAAAAACAGCAGCAAGUAAACGUGGGGACAAAUGGGGGAGGGAUGGACCUUGGGCAAAGGGGGCUGUUCAACCUAAUAUAUCCCUGUUGCUGCAUUGUCUGUGUGUUUCCCUUUGACUUGGCUGAGUCAAGAACUUAAGGGGGUUGGCCAGGCGCCGGCCCGAGACAACAGAUCCCGACGAUGAUCCGGAAUUUAAAGCAAACAAGAGAUAGCAAAUGGCCCUCCUGCACCUCACGGCACAGAACAAGAAGUCAGGCCUGCUUGGAGCAAAGAGGACGCUCUCGUUUUGUUUUGGAAACAAUGUACGGGAAAAGUGGGUUGGGAGGGAAAUGAGAGAGUCUGCCAUGAUGAAAUGAAAUCUGCUAAUAGGAGCAUCAAUGGGAUUUAUAUUGAGAGACUUGAGAGAAGGAGAGACAUUCUCACCGUGCUGAAAUUCCUGUACCUGCCAUCCAGCCAUGAGGUGAUUGGUCUCUCUUGGUAGCACUUGUACAAGAAUUGCAGGAGAAAGAGAGAGAGAACCUCUCACAAAACAGCAACUUUUUCAAAGCAAAGAGGUGAGGAUAUGCUGUUUGGAAGAUAUGGAUUGGACGGAGGCAGCUGUGAAUCAGCUUUCAGGAACUGUUGCAAAACUCUUGACUUGGAAUUGGCUGUCCAAGAAUGAUGGUUACCUGUUUAGAUAUCGUGGGAAUUUUGUUCUUCUGGUAUCUCUUUUCCCUGCUUUUCUUUUGUUCCUACUCCUGUGAUUCCUUCACACCCUCUGACCUUUUUUCGUUUUUUUAAAAGAAAUUUUAUUGUUCAUGAACACUGUGUCAACGGUUUCUUGUCCUGAGUUGCUAAAGCAAUUCUUAUUGAGUGUUUGUACCCAAUUUGCUGGUUUGUAGAAGACUUGGUCCUGUUCCAUUCUAAGCCAGUUUUCUUUCACAGGAAAGAAUUCCAAAAUAGCUGGUAAAUAAUUUUUAUUUUCUUUUUCUUCUUUUUGGAAAUAUAAUUACUAUUUUGUACUGUAUGUUGUUCUGUCUUGUCUUCAUGGCUUCAUUUUUCUUUUUUAAAGAAAGACCUCUUUCCCCAGUUCGGA